UUAUCUAUUGUUCAUGUAUUCUUUUCAAGUUCAUUCAUUUGGCCUUUUUAAUUGAACGAAGUUCUCUUUGAUAAAAAAAAUCCAAGUUCUUUCAUUCCUUAAAUCUUUUCCCCCAAGCGAAAGAAAAGUUUUCUCGAGAAUCUGGAUUUGUAUUUUUUUUGAAUGAUUAAACUUUUCAAAUCUCACAUGCAAAGGCGUCUUAGCUGCGGAAUCUCUGAAAUUUGAACUUUCUUCUUUUUCUUCUCCUUUUUUCCUGAAUUUUCGGUUUUCUUUUUCUUUGGUUCUAUUUUGGCCGUUACACCAUGGACGUUCGCGUGAAGGAAGAAAUUAUGGAAAUGUUAAGCGCUGAAAGAGGGAAAGUAGGCGGAGUUGUACGGCAACAAACUUCCUCGGUUAUCGAGCUCAGCAGCAGUAGCAGCGAUUCUGACUCGAGCGGUUCAGACGAUCUGGACGAGAACGAUAAUGUAAACGGUGCCGUUUCUGCAGGGGAAGGGCCUGAAGGGAGGGCUUCGAAGAAGCGGAAGGUGAAUGAUGCUGGCUUUGUGCUGCCGCUGGGGUUUUUGGCUUCUCUACCGCCGGAUGACCUGGCUCCUAUGCCUUUGACGGUGGCGGAGGCUUCCGCGACGACGAACUCGCUGGAACAGGCGGCAACUAGUAGUGUGAGUGCAACUGUGCUUUGCAAGCAGUUCUGGAAGGCCGGGGAUUAUGAUGGAGGUCCAUCUAGCGCUUGGGAGUUAUCUACAGGUGGUAUGGAUCAUGUCAGGGUUCAUCCAAAAUUUCUGCAUUCCAAUGCAACGAGUCAUAAAUGGGCCCUUGGAGCUUUUGCGGAACUUCUGGACAACUCUUUGGACGAGGUUUGCAAUGGAGCUACGUAUGUUAACAUAGAUGUCCUCAAAAGUAAGAAGGAUGGGAAUAGAAUCUUGGUAAUUGAAGAUAAUGGUGGUGGGAUGGAUCCUGAUAAAAUGCGUCAUUGCAUGUCCCUUGGAUAUUCUGCAAAAAGCAUAGCAAACACAAUUGGACAAUAUGGCAAUGGAUUCAAGACGAGUACCAUGAGGCUUGGUGCAGAUGUUAUUGUAUUUUCUCGAUGUUGUGGAAAAGAUGGAAAGCACCCCACGCAGAGCAUUGGAUUACUAUCCUACACUUUUUUGACAAGCACAGGAAUGGAAGACAUUGUGGUGCCCAUGCUAGAUUAUGAAUGGAAACAAAGUGAAUGGAGAAAGUUGAUGCGAUCUACUGUCAGUGAUUGGGAUAGGAAUGUAGACACCAUAGUACAGUGGUCUCCAUUUUCAAGUGAAGCAGACCUCCUUCGUCAGUUCAAUCUCAUGAAAGACCACGGGACACGGAUUAUUAUAUAUAAUCUUUGGGAGGAUGACCAGGGGCUAUCGGAGCUUGAUUUUCAUGCCGACCAACAUGAUAUCCAACUCAGAGGUGUUAACCGUGAUGAAAAAAAUAUACAAAUGGCUAAAGAGUUUCCGAACUCUAGGCACUUUCUGACGUAUAGACAUUCAUUGAGGAGUUAUGCAUCAAUACUUUAUUUGAGACUUCCACCUAACUUCAGAAUCAUCUUAUGUGGGAAAGAUGUUGAGCACCACAGCAUAGUUAAUGAUAUGAUGCUGACUGAGAUGAUAACCUACCGACCAAAUCCCAGUGCUGAGGGAGCCCCCAAAGAUUUGAAUCUGGCUGCUGUGGUGACCAUUGGUUUUGUGAAAGAUGCCAAAUAUCAUAUUGAUGUUCAAGGUUUUAAUGUUUAUCAUAAAAACCGACUCAUCAAGCCAUUUUGGAGGGUCUGGAAUGCUGCUGGGAGUGAUGGUCGUGGGGUUAUAGGUGUUUUGGAGGCUAAUUUUAUUGAGCCGGCUCAUGAUAAGCAGGGUUUUGAGCGUACAACGGUUCUUGCUAGACUUGAAGCACGACUAAAAGAAAUGCAAAAAACUUACUGGACAACCAAUUGUCAUAGAAUUGGCUAUGCUCCACGGCGAAAUAAGAAAGGUAUAGAACAGUCUUUAGACAGAGAUACCUCUCCUGAUCUUGAUAUGCAACAAUCUACUCGAUCCAAUAAGAAGAGUGCAUCCAGCAGCAAGAGACUGUCUACAGACUCGGACAAGUUGUAUUCACCUUCAAAUUGGAAUAAAAGAGGAAAAGAUGGUGGAGAUGGACAUGUGUUUAGCAAGGGUGAAAAUAGGAGAAAGGCACUGGCAGAUAACAGCACGAUGGCCACUUCAAAAUCUGGAAAAGGAUUAAGCUCUUUUAAAUCAUCUUCUCCUUCUGCAGAAGAUGACAGUGAUAAUGUGUGUGAGAUCUUGCCUGAGAAGCAAGCUAAUGGGAGCAGUAAAAAGUUUGUUACACGAUCAAAGUCUAAGGAACUUGGUCGGAAUGAUGAUGAUCCAUCACUUCCCGAGACCGAUUUGCGUAUCAUAGAGCAGUUGAAACAGGAAAAUUCAAGAUUAAAAGAAAGAUUAAAGAAAUAUGAAGGCGGAGGACAUCAAGAUCAAUUGCUCAACGAUUUGCAACAGGAAAAAAACAGGCGUCAAUCACUGAAAUUGAGCUUGCAGAGGCACAGAAAAAAAUUGAGCAAUGAACCUGAACAAGAAAGUCUCGUUGGCAUAUUCUCAGAGGAGAGAGAUCGAAGAGACGAAGAGGAAGAGAAGUUGAGAAAAAAGUUGAAGGACGCAUCCAAUACCAUCCAGGAGUUGCUUGACAAAAUUAAGGUGUUGGAGAAGAUGAAAUCUCCCAACGUGAAGCAGGAGCAUCGGCAGCCACUGUAGCACCUUUUGUUGUCACAAUGGUGUGCUUUCACAUUUUCACUAGCAAGCAACCGGAAGUUAUAUAAUCCGAUGCAGUGUCCGGAGCAACUGGUUCUUUUUGUUACUGUUGAGUGACGGCUCCAUUUUCACGCAUCACUAACGUAGUAGAACCGUUGUACACGCUUUGGUAGUGCCAGUGAUCAAAGGGAUAUGUAAACAUGAAUGUUCAAAUUUUAUCAAAAGCAAACUCAAAUU